AUGCAAUCACAGAAAGAGUUGGACACUGCCACUAAUGGUUAUUCCUCUAGUGCUACUAGGCACCUUGCACCCCAGGUGGUAUCUAGAGCCCCUAGCCUGAAUAAUAUAGACAAAGCCUCGCGGGAGCAAAUGAACUCAGAAAAGCUUCAUUCCCUCCUGGAUGCUACUAAGUCAGUGACUCAAGCCAUUUACUCCUCUAUGGGGGCCAUGUCAGACACAUUGUCUCACUCUAUAACCCAUGCCCUUAUGUCCACCCAGUGGACACCUACCUACAUUUCGCCUAACGCCCCCGGAGAAUAAACCGGUGACUACCGGUGGGUUUAAAGCGGCCAAAAAAUCCUGUCUCCUAGACGAGGAUGCCUCCAAAACAAUACAAUCGGACAGGGAAUGUCCUGUCAAAGAUGAUGUGGUUGCACCACAACAAAGAACCACCCACCGAGCAAAAUCAGUGAGGAGUAGGAAAAGGGCAAAAGCCCUAAUCAAAUCAUCCGAUUCUGAAUCGGAACAGGAGGAGGCACUAAGCGAAUCCGAUGACGAGGACUCUUACAAUUCAGGAACAUUUUUUCCUUAUCACGGUUCUUUAUCAGUGUCUGGGACUGACCUUAAAUUCGGUGGGAAUGAAUCCACCCUCCUUGACCCUCAGGGUGAACCACUGUUUUGA